AUGAACGGCACCAACGGCACCAACGGUACAAAUGGUACAAAUGGGGUCAAAUCGCCCAAGCCCAUUUUCUCCGCAGAGGCGAUAACCAGGGAAUACGCAGUUUCCCUGGAUAAAACAGAUCCCCUGCGGGCGCUGCGGGACGAAUUUAUUAUUCCCUCCAAGGCCAACCUUGCCAGUAAGGUACUGGCCAAGCCAGGUCUUUCCAAUGAGCCGAGUAUAUACUUCUGCGGUAACUCCUUGGGCAUUCAGCCCAAGGCCGUCGCAAAGUAUAUGGAAGCUCAGCUGGAUACGUGGGCUGGCAUUGGUGUUUGCGGUCAUUUUACUGAUCUCGAGGGGUCCCCAAUGCCACAGUGGCAAUUGCUCUCUGAGCAAGCUGCGGCCUCUAUGAGCAAGAUCGUCGGGGCCAACCCAGACGAAGUCGCCGCUAUGGGCACAUUGACGAUGAACCUGCAUCUGUUGCUAGCCUCCUUUUACCGACCAACUGAGACCCGAAAAAAGAUCCUUAUGGAUUGGAAGGCGUUCCCGAGUGAUCAUUAUGCAAUCGAGUCGCAUAUCGCCUGGCACGGCCUCGACUCCAAGGAUAAUAUGGUUCUCAUCGGUCCCGACGAGGACACUUAUGAAAUACCCACGGACAAGAUCCUCUCGUAUAUCGACCAGCAUGCCCAUGAUGCCGCCGUGCUACUUUUACCUGGCAUUCAGUACUACACCGGUCAGCUGUUCGAUAUCCCUCGCAUCACGAGGUACGCGCAGGAGCGCGGCCUGAUCGUGGGCUGGGAUCUUGCGCACGCGUACGGAAAUGCGGAAAUCAAGCUGCAUGACUGGAAUGUUGACUUUGCAGCAUGGUGUACCUACAAGUACGGGAAUGCGGGCCCUGGUGCCAUGGGUGGUCUAUUCGUGAAUGAGCGUCAUGGAAAAGUCGAUUAUUCUGAUGGGGAGGAUUCGCCCAAGUUUCGCCAUCGCUUGACCGGAUGGUAUGGUGGUGAUCGAUCUGUGCGGUUCAAGAUGGAUAAUAAGUUCAAGCCGAUUCCUGGUGCUGGGGGCUGGGUGCUCUCCAACCCCUCCGUAAUUGAUUUGACAACUCUCUGCGCUUCGCUUUCCGUCUUCGAUAAGACUUCCAUGAAGGAGUUACGGCAAAAAUCCUUCCAAUUGACCGCUUACCUGGAAUUCCUGCUGCUAAAUGAUUCUACCGACGAGGAUCGUCAGUUCCAGAUCAUUACGCCUUCUGACCCCCAUGCCCGCGGAGCACAGCUGAGUCUGUUGCUAAAGCCGGGUCUUCUGCACAAGGUGGCCGAUCGUUUACAGAAUGCGGGUAUCAUUUGUGAUAAGCGUGAGCCGGAUGUUGUUCGAGUUGCGCCUGUGCCGUUGUACAACACUUUCUCUGAAGUUUGGCAAUUCGUCGAGGUUUUCAAGGCCGCUCUUUCUUCAUGA